CGUCUUGUUUCCUCAAAUAUUACUAUUAAUUCUUUUUUGAGUGAAUUGUAACAUGUAUUUCAUCUAGCAUGCCUCUCUUUUGCAAUUCCAAUAUGGGUUCAUAAUGGCUAUCAGUUUUGUGUGUCAAGAAUUGAGAAUGGAGGUGGAGCAGGAAAUUAUCAAACUUUGGGAAUGAAACGGUGGCAUCUGCAAUUGCUUUAUUAGCUAGUGGCUUGCUGCCCAUCAUAUCAUGGUUUGUAACAUAUCGGUUUCCCCUCUCAUCUGCUAUUUCUAUUGGUAUAUUUGCAGGUAAUUGAUUCCUUCUCACUUUAAAGAAGUGUUCAGUGUCUCGUAUUUGAAAGUUGUGAGUUUGAGGGUUGAUCAAGUCCUGAUGAAGGAAGACUUCUUGGCUGCAUUGCUUCCACUGUUAUGCAUUUUUGCAGUCCUUUCACUUUCUUCUGGUUUAUUUAAAUGGAAAGAUGAUAACUGGAAGCUUUAUCGAGGUGCCUAUAUAUUCGUUAUUAUUGGUCUUCUUCUUCUUCAGCUUGGUGCCAUUUCGGCCAUCAUAGUUACAGUGCAUCCUUGGAGGAUAGGAGCAACAUUUCUCUUAGUUCUCCUCCUUCUAGUUCUAGCUAUCAAUGCAAUUCAUUAUUGGGCCUCAAAUAAUUUCUAUCUGAAAAGGGUUCAGAUGCUAGUUGUUUGUUUUCUAGCGUUUCUUGUGGCUUUGGCGGCCUUUCUUGUUGGAUGGUUUCAAGCUAUUGAAGGAUGGGGUGUAGUUGCAAGUUUGAAAAUCUAUCCCCCUUCCGCUGGAGCUGCUGUUUCAGCAAUUACCCUUGUCGUAGCUUUUGGAUUCGCUCUCUCUCGCCCUUGUUUGACUCUCGAGGGAAUUGCACCAGACGUGGUUACUUUCGUGGGACUCCUGACGGCCUGCAGCUACACUGGAAAGGUGAAAGAAGCCCAAGAUAUAUUUCAUUCCAUGUUGUCAAAAUACCUAGUAGAACCAGAAACUGCACAUUAUGCCUGCAUGGUGGAUCUACUGGGUCGAGCUGGUCGCUUGACUGAGGCAAUCGAUUUGGCAGAAAAAAUGCCUGUGGUAGGUGAUGCAGUUAUAUGGGGUUCUUUGCUUGACUUUAAGGCUAUGGGGUAUGCCCACGGGAAGGCCUUGCGGGAAGGCAAUGUGGCAGCGGGAAGGGAAGGGGAACACCGCUCUCCUAUGCGGGAAAGGAAGGGUCCCCUUCCCGUUUUUCCCGUCCGGCUCCGUGUGUUCUAGUUUGUAAUUUCCGAGUGUUUACAAAGGUCAUAUUUCUUCUCUUAAUAAAAUCCAUUUGAAAGCCAAAAAAAUUAAAAAUUCAAAAAAUUC